AAGCGGAAACCUGCUCGAGGAGAAGGCCGGAAAUUGAGUUCGGUCAUUGUGACAAGAUAACUGCUACCGGUGUGUCAGGCCUCAUUUGUCACUGCCAAUCUUUGGAAAUCUUGAGAUGGGGGGGGUCUCCCAGCAGUGAUUCUACUGCCUUUAGAUGUGUUGGUAUCUUGAAACCUAAAUUGAACAAUGUGGAGGAAGAAUCAUGGGAGGAGCUUGAAAAUGCUGACAUCGGAAGUGGUGCCCCAUCACUACGCUGGCUCGUAUGGCCAAACAUAGAUGAGGUUUCAAAGGCAAUAAUGGCUGCUGAAUGUCCCCAAAUCAUUGUAAACCCACCCUUUGGCUUCCCAGAAGUUCCAAAUGAAGCUCUGGACUUUGUAGCUCUGGACUAUUCUAUCAUUGAUGGCAUUGAUCCCAAAACCUGGGAUGUUUCAGGCACUGCUAGAGGUAGUGCACCGAAGCUGACUGUUUCCAAUGAGACAUCUGAAUUGUCUAUAGCUGAUUUUUUAGAGGGGCGUGCGACGUUGGUUCCUAAACAAGCAAUAUAUGCAAGGCAAAACAAGCGGCGAGCAAAGAGGGAGCACUUAAUGAGUAGUUCUAGCCCAAAGUCCAUCAUGCGUGCCUCCCAAGCUAGCAAAUUCUUGCAUCAUAGGAGGUGAUUGCAGUCAUGUUUUGCACCUUGAAACUUGUAUGUUUUCCUUCAGUACAAGAUUGUGAUGUACACAUUGUAAUUACUCUGAGACUUUUUUUAUCAUGUUCACGGCAAAAUAUUUCGUAUGCUGGCAGUAUUAACUACUGUAUGCCUGCUUGAUGUUAAUAAUGGCUGUCGGUGGAAGUCUUCUUGACUCGUAUUAAUCUUUAAGAUGCCAGUCAUUGUGUUCUUA